UGUCUGAUGCCGUUUACAGAAAUUCAACGUCCGAAACUCAUCUUUUCAAUUGUUGUGAACUAAAAAUUUGCAAAUGACAGGGGAAUUAUAUUGAUUCCUGGCGCGGCUGAUUUUUGUGUUGAUUUUUUUGGGGUUUUUCGCUUUUCGAUUUCGUAAGGAGGGUUGGAAUUCUUAGUGUCCUUUACAAAUUUAGGGUAUUGGAAAAAUGGGGUUAUCUUCGAAGCGACGUGGAAAAGCUGGAGGCAAAGAUGUGGCCUUGGAGGACUUCGAUGAUUCGGAAGAUGAGGAAUUAAUGGUUAAUGGGGAUAGGGAAGAGGAAGAAGAAGAAGAUGAUGAUGAAGAGGAAGAUGAAGAAGAAGAAGUUGAUGAAGACAAUGAAGAAGAAGAUAGCGAUGAAGGAGAAGAGGAAGGAUCGGUAGAAGAGGACAAAGAUGGUGAGAUGGAAGAACUUGAAAAAGAGUACAAGGAUCUUCACCAUCAUGAGCAAGACAUACUGAGGAAUCUUAAGCGUCAUAAGGAUGAAGAUAUUCAGAAGGGUCAAGCAGUGAAGAACCAAAAGGCUCUCUGGGAUAAAACUCUUGAGUUUAGAUUCUUACUUCAGAAAGCAUUCUCCAGUUCAAAUCGACUACCGCAGGACCCAGUUAGGUCUUCAUUUUGUGCUGCAGAUGAAGCAGUCAAUGUUGCAUAUUCAGACCUUAUUACUUCAUCAAAGAGGACUUUAGAUUCUUUAUUGGAACUGCAGGAGGCUUUGCUAGAGAACAAUCCAUCAAUCGCUCAAUCUGUAGAUGGUAAUGCUGUUCAAUCAUCUAAGAGCCUUUCCAGAGAUUCUAAAAACUUGGACACGGAAGAUGAUGAAGAGUGGUUAUGGAUAUCUCAGAUGAAUAGGAGAAUAGCAGCUUUCAGAGAUAAAGCAGUUGACAAAUGGCAGAGAAAGACAGAAGUCACAACUGGUGCUGCUGCAAUCAAAAGCAAAUUGCAAGCUUUUAAUCAGAACAUUAGUGAACAAGUUGCUGCCUAUAUGAGGGAUCCAAGUAGAAUGAUAAAGCAAAUGCAACAAAGAAGAUCAACCAUUGGCAUAUUUGGGCCUGUUACUGAGGGCACUAAAAAUGCUAAUGGAGAGGAAGCGCAUCCUGAAGGUGAUCCCGAACUUCUGGAUGAUUCCGAAUUUUACCAGCAAUUGUUGAAGGAAUUUUUUGAGACUGUUGACCCUACGUCAUCUGAGACAGUCUUCUAUGCCUUGAAAAGACUGCAAACUAAGAAGAGAAAAAUCGUUGAUCGGCGUGCCUCAAAGAGUCGCAAGAUCAGGUACCAUGUCCAUGAGAAAAUUGUCAAUUUCAUGGCUCCUGAGCCUAUGAACCUUCCUGACAUGGCUCCAAAAUUAUUUGAGAAUUUGUUUGGAUUGAAAACCAAAAAACCUACUGCUCAAGUCUGAUUGUUCCAUACCAGGGCAAGAUAGACCCGUGCCUUGAAAUUUUGUAAUUUUUAUUCCUUUGAGAUGUCUAAUGAAUACAAAAUGGUUUUAUAUUUAUUUAUUUUAUUUCUGAUGUAUGCACUUGAAUGUAAGGAUAUAUUUUAGGGGUAUGUAAGUCACAUAAAAAAUUGUUUUGUAUCCCAUAAUUUCUAUCAAUUAAAGUGUCAAACAUGUUACCAACUCAAA